UCCUGUCAAGCCAUCUCUUAGGCUGCUUCCAGCUUGAAUGCCUUCAUAAAACUCUGAGGGUCUGAGUGGAAAUCACAGAGCUGCUGCAGCCAGAGCACAGGCGAGGGGGACCAGGGCUUUCCAUGUGUGCAGCCGACUGGUUAAUCUUUAGACUGCAAAUGAGGAUAGACAAUAGAUCCCUGCACUAAAUAUAUCUAUUGGAGCUGAAGAUAUCGCAGGGGUGAAAUCAAAUUGUGCAGCUGGACGUUUCUCCUUCUGGCUCUUUCCAGACUUCUCGAAGAACUUCGAAGGAAAAACUUCACUUUUUUUCUUUUUUCAGUUUUUUUUGGGGAAAAAGAAUUCUUUUUUGCAACACGGGGAUGGCAUCUGGAUUUUUAUUCGCCCUUUGCCUUGCACUGAUUGCCUGGACGGAGUGCAACGUGCCAAGGAAAGGGACGGACGGCAACGGCAGAAGAUACAGUCGCAUCCAACAUGGGCAGUGCACUUACACUUUUCUCCUUCCUGAACACGACGGGAAUUGUCGCGAGGGCGCCACCGCCGCCGCCGCCACCGCCGACCAGUACAAUGCCAACGCUCUGCAGAGGGACGCUCCGCAAAUGGAUCAGGAUUUCCCAUCCCAAAAAAUUCAACGUCUGGAACAUGUGAUGGAAAAUUACACUCAAUGGCUGCAAAAACUGGAGAACUAUAUUGUGGACAAUAUGAAAUCCGAGAUGGUCCAGAUGCAGCAAAAUGCAGUUCAGAACCAGACAGCAACCAUGUUGGAAAUAGGAACAAGUCUUCUAAGCCAAACAGCAGAGCAGACAAGGAAACUUACAGACGUGGAAACACAAGUUCUCAACCAGACGUCCAGACUAGAGAUUCAGCUGUUAGAAAACUCUGUGUCGACCUACAAGCUAGAAAAACAACUCAUUCAGCAGACGCACGAAAUUAUAAAAAUCCAUGAAAAAAACAGCUUGUUGGAGAACAAGAUUUUGGAAAUGGAAGUCAGACAUAAAGUGGAACUGGAUACACUGAAGAUAGAGAAGGAGACAUUGCAAGGUCUAGUGUCCAGACAGAACUACAUCAUUCAAGAGCUGGAGAAGCAGCUGACUAAAGCCACUACGAACAACAGCAUAUUACAGAAGCAGCAGAUGGAGCUGAUGGACACGGUGCACAACCUGGUCAAACUCUGCUCCAAAGAAGGAGUUUCCAUAAAGAAUUCAAAGAGAGAAGAGGAAAAACCAUUCAGAGACUGUGCAGAUCUGUAUCACGCAGGGUUCAACAAGAGCGGCGUAUACACCAUAUAUAUUAACAACGUAUCCGAACCCAAAAAGGUACACUGCAAUAUGGAAACUACCGGUGGAGGCUGGACAGUAAUUCAGCACAGAGAAGAUGGAACAGUCGAUUUCCAGCGAAGUUGGAAGGAGUAUAAAACGGGGUUUGGCAGUCCAUCUGGUGAAUUUUGGCUGGGGAACGAGUUUAUAUUUGCAAUAACCAGCCAAAGGCAGUACUCGCUGAGGAUCGACUUAAUGGACUGGGAAGGCAAUCAUGCACAUUCACAGUAUGACAGAUUCCACAUAGGAAAUGAAAAGCAGAAUUACAGAUUAUACUUGAAAGGUCACAGCGGAACAGCAGGAAAACAAAGCAGUCUGAUCUUACACGGGGCGGAUUUCAGCACAAAGGAUGCCGAUAAUGACAACUGUAUGUGCAAGUGUGCAUUGAUGCUAACAGGAGGUUGGUGGUUCGAUGCCUGUGGUCCUUCUAAUCUUAAUGGAAUGUAUUACACCGCUGGUCAAAAUCAUGGGAAGUUGAAUGGCAUAAAGUGGCAUUAUUUCAAAGGUCCAAGUUACUCAUUACGCUCAACAACGAUGAUGAUUCGACCAUUGGACUUCUAAUCCAGAAGAGCAGGACAAUGACAUACAGAUAUCAAUGGGAAGUUUCUCUUUUCAGUUGAAUUACCAAUGUAAGAUGAGACUUAGGUAUAUCCAGAACUCGGAGCUGUUUAGUAUGGAUUGCUGAUCUAACGUUGCUAGCAGGACUUCGCCACUGGAGGUGCUGGGAUUUCAGCUAAAGGCUCGAACCUCGGUUGACCCAUUAUGGACAUGUUCUUCAUGAUCACUAUCAUCAAUAUUUUCCAUCAAUUUAUCUGAAAACUUGGCAUAAGCAAUUAUGUAAUAAGUAUAUUGCAUGGACCAGAGAAUUUCAAGGAUUUAAAGACUCUAUACCAAUAAUCAAAAAGAUGUGGAGUAGCAAUAAAAGAAUGCACAAAGGAACAUUCUGGAUUUUACUAUGGAAACUAUCUGUAUCAUCAGGAAGUGUAACUGUACAUCUAGUGGCUCAAUUUCAUUUCGAUUUAAAAUGUGCCAUUCUUCAUUAUUGUUUAAGGUGCUAGAGAACCAAUGAGCAAUCUAAAAAGGACCAUCUGACAACUUAGAGGAUUUAUCUCUAGCCUCUUGGAAAUCCACAGAUUACUCAAUGUGAUAUCACAGCAUGUUGUGUCAAAAUAACAUCUGCUACAUCUGUGUAUACACGUAUAAUUUCCCUCACGGAUCGUGUCCAACACAUACUCUUGAAAGGGAAACGGCACCACCUUGCAACUUUAACAUUUACAGUAUCUAC